AUGUCAGCUGAGGAAUGUCCUCCAGAAAUAUGGGAAAUCAUCUUUUCCCUCGCCUGCAGAGAUGACGGAAGCACCGCUCUCGCCCUUUCCCAAGUCUCGCGGUGGAUCAACGCAUACUCGAAACCUUAUCGAUACCAAAGCGUCGCUCUAACGCGUUGCGAGCAAAUCAUCGCGUUCGGAUCCGUGAUAUCGUCCCUCCCUCCUGAGCUCAGACGCGUCAAAAACCUCUUCGUUCACAAUCCUCUCCCGAAAGUCUACACGUCGGACAUCUAUGACUCGGAUGAAGAUUUGGAUACCAAGAGUGACGGGUCUCAAAGUGCUGACCCCGCCCUUCCCGAAGAGGGUCUUUCUGGGAGGGCGAGCGCUUCCAAAGAACUUUGGGAAGCUCGAGACGUUGAUUAUGUACUAGACUCAGACGAGGAGCAUUCGCAUGCGUCUGACUCGGAGCAAUCGCAUCCGUCUGAUUCGGAAGACAGUUUCGACGGGCUGACCGCUGAAGAGCAAGCAGAAUUGGCGGAAGAAAUAGAGGAGAUACAGUCAGAGAAAGUUGGAAGCCCACCCGACUGGAAAAUUGGAAGUACACCCGACUGCCUAAAGGAAUUCCUCUCGGAUUUUGAAAACCACCAAUAUGCCAUCCUUGACGCUUUUCGUCUUAUACUAAAAACUGUGGCACCGACUCUCGAAACUCUCACCGUACAUUUCAUAAUGUAUCAGCAUUGCCCCCUCGAAGUAAUCAUUCCGGAGUUGCCAGUUCUUCGAGAUCUUUCCUUAUUCAGAAUGCGUCCUUAUCACUCCAACCGCCCAACUUUGUUGUUCCCAGGUCUUCCCACCGUUUUUCCAUCGCUCAGGAGAUUUCAAAUCGAAGGCUUUCUCGAGCCAUCUGCGUGCCUCUUAACGGAGAUGGCACCAUCGUUGGAGUGCCUCCAUACAAGCGAAUUCAUUUUUCACCUCAGGAAAAUUAAGCCAUUCUUUCCGGAAACGCUACGAAAAAUCGUAAUUCACACGGGGUUGGCAGAGGAUAUGACAUCGCGUAGAAUUAAAAGGAAGCUAUUUGGAGGAGAUUACGAAGAGGGUGUCGGGAAGUAUGCUGAAUUUGUAGUGGAACCAUACUCCGAAGAAUACGAGGAUUGGCUGGGAGAUUGGGUGGCGAGGAUUAAUGGUGAAGGUGAUGCUGUGUCCAUUGAACUUGGUACAGGUGAUGCUGCGUCUGUCGAAUCAUCAGGAAGUUUGGAGGUACCUAACCGAUAUGUGAUUGGCAUAUACCCAAUGUAG